UCCAAUAAGCGCUAAUCAGCUUAGUCAGCAUUUGCUGCAGAUAGUCAGGCAGUGAGGUCAAGGCGACGACCACGACGACGACUGGGUCCGCAAAACAAUGGUGAGCACGCUUUUAACUGUCUGGCAGACCCUCUGAGAGUGCAGGGAAUGAUGCCGUUACUCGAUUCUGUGGCUCGAAGAGGAGGAUUGCGCUGGAUAGGCCACGCCUGUACCAGAUGAAACAGAUUCGCUAACGACUGCACACUCGCUGUAGGCCAAAGCUAAGGCAGCCCCCACAUCCUCAGGCGGCGGGAAGUCUGCGAAGAAGAAGAAGUGGUCCAAGGGCAAGGUCAAGGACAAGGCCCAGCACGCCAUCACCCUCGACAAGGCCUUGUACGACCGUAUCAUCAAGGAAAUCCCGACCUUCCGCUUCAUCUCGCAGAGUAUUCUCAUUGAGAGGCUCAAGAUCAACGGCUCGUUGGCGCGGAUUGCCAUCAGACACUUGGAAAAGGAGGGCCAGAUUAAGCGGAUUGUGCACCACAGCUCGCAGCUGGUUUACAGUGCGUGCUGUCAUUCUUUCAGUCUGGGGCUACUUCUGACGGCGUUGCAGCACGGUCGAGCGGCGGCGGCACUGACUAAAUCCUUUGCCUCUCAUUUUUUUGCACUCGUCUCUGCUCUCGCUUCUACUUUUCCAUGCAUAUGUACACCGGCUUUCAUCAAUAAAACAUGCCCCGAUAUGCUCGCUAAACCUUGUUGAGCGUUCGAGUCCGAUGCGCUGUAAGAGACACAUUCGCUCAGAUCGGGGAGCUUUGUAAAGACCGCUGUGAACGUAAGAAGGCGGGGAAGAUAUGAACGUGGUCCGACAGCUACGGUUGAGUUUCGGUCAUGAUGGAUGUACAGCCGGGUCCGUCGGACAACGCAGAGGCUAGUGCCGCGGCGGCGCGGGGCGUAGCUGUAGCUGUAGCCGGAAUUCUCGGUCUGCGCACCCAUACCGCGUUGCAGACAGAUGUAUGUGAUGGAGCGGCUGUCUGGGCAGAUGAGUCGGGUGCCUGCGAAGCUCUGCGGGAACACGCAUCGAGGGAUGUGCGAGCGGCUGGAACAGCCGCGGAUUGCGGUCUCAGAUCCGCACUCGUACUCAGGAACCGCUUCCACCGGAGUAAAGGGGUCUAACACACGGCGAUAACAAGACCCUCUGCGGGGCGCGUGCAGGGCAUCGGCGACGCAUGAUGGGCUGGCCGCGGCGCGGUGUGUCGGGCUGGGAGUCGCAGGCAAGAAUAGGCGGUGCGCGUUGGGUUGGGUUGCGACAGGAGACCGGCUGUCACAAUAAACCGCCAGCUGGGGCUUGGAGUGGCAGCCGCGGCUGCGCAUGCGCAAGGGGCAGGGACGGGUGGCGCUGCGCUGAGCCGGGACGAGUCCGAAAUUGCAUCUCCACCGCUUUCCAUUUGCUGCGAGCACAAGGCCUCUGGCCGCCCGCCAAGUUACAGCCGCUGCGAAAUUCUUAGGCCCGUCGGAAUACCACGUCUGUCGCAUCUUAGCACCCUACUAAUCUGCUAUUUUGCCCGCCACCCUCCCGGCUCCCCGAUACUUCGCCACACCGCGAUCAUGCCAGGUUCUCCCGGUCAAAUACUCCCAAUCCCUCAAAUACCCACACCCUGUCCGUCCUGCCCCUUCUCCCCCUCCGUCCCCCUUGGCCCUCACAGCCCGUGCUGCGCGCCCAGCAGCCCCCCUUUGGCAGUGCGGCCUCAGUCACCGUUAGCAUCAGACCUUCCCCCCCCCCCCCCAGGGGUAUAAAUGGCCGUAGCUGCCCCAGCCAUGACCGGCCGCCGCUUUCACCCAUACCAUUCUGCAGACAUGCACCACCACUGCUACGCUGGCCCAUCCUCCAUGCCCGCUGCCACCUACCCUUACGCCCACCGCAGGGCACAUACGGCACACGCUUCCAGCAACCGCGGUCCGUUCGAGGUGCCACCUAUUCCGCCCUUCUUCGGUGAGUUCUCGCCUCUAUUAGCCCGCACUGAAUGGGUCGUCUCACGCUCUGUUCCCGCCUUCCCAGAUUACGUCGUCGAUUGUCUGCUGGAAACCGUAACCGCCUCCCUUGACCCCGCCUGGCGGGCCGAUCAGAGCCUAACCUCGAAACAGCAACUUCGCUGGUGGGUGGAGACCCUGAUAGCCAAGUCUCGGUGUCGCACGGCAACUAUAUUGGUUGCACUCGCAUACUUGGGCAAGGCCCGGCCGAAUCUGCGCGUGUCUACCGGGUUCCUCGCCUGUGAGAGGGCUUUCAUUGGGGCUUUGAUGCUUGCAAACAAGGUAUGUGGCUAGUAUGUUUCUCCUGCGUAGUGUGGAUCAUGACCGAGUUGCCCCUCUAGUACACCAAUGACGAAGUGUUUAGCACAAAGGCGUGGGCUCAUGCAAGCUCGACACUCUUCACCACCAAAGAGAUCGUGCGUGCAGAACGGGAGCUUCUGCAAGUACUCCAUUUCGACUUGUCGAUCCCUGUCGCGGCUCUUGUGUCCCAUUACAAAAUGGUCGUUGCGCGGUGCAGGCAGCACGCACUUACCAUCAGCAGUGCGGUUUACAGCAUGCAGAUACCUGCGUCAUGGCAGGGUCCGCACAUUGCUUCGUCAUCUCGCCACCCCCGAUACCCGUCCAAUCUUGUACCAUCGAUACACCCGAGCCUGGGGGCCUCGCCUUCCUCAACCUCCUCCGGCUCGAUCUCGCCAGUCGAGUCGCCAGAACCACAGACGCCUCCACCAUACCCCUACAGCAUGCCUGCUCACGCGACAUCCGAUACCCUACGGACCAAUCCUCCGACCUCCUAUGCAAUGCCCUAUGUACUCUCAAAUGAUUUCCACGACACCCUGGCCAAGCUUCCGCCGAGCACAGCGGCAUACCAAGAACCGAAGGUGUACGUGCCCGCGGAUGGGAAAGAACUCGGUGCAAUUCCCCCGACGCAGCCCUCUCUUCUCGCGGAACUGUACGGAGAUCUGGACCCGCAGUCUACCCUACAUCAGUCCCAUGCCACCGAAAUCGCCCCACCUUUCCUGCCCAAUGUUCUCCCGAGCGUCAUGUAUCAGUGGCCAGAUCAUCCACCGCGGGUAGCGGUCGGCGCCGGGUCAUGGUUGGAUGCUCCAAGAGCACCGGAAAUGCCCUACGCGUUCUAGGUUCCUUUCCUCCUUGAUUCCGUUGCCGCAUUCCUGUUCCAUCAUCGAACUCUCAUGUUGAUCAUCGCCCAGUAUUCCACUUUUCAUUUGUCACUGUAUCAUAUAAUGCACAGGUCUCGCAUGCUAUCUUUGCAAUUCGUUGUCAUCCACUAGUCAUAGUCUUACACUAGUCUCAUUAUUCCCCUCAUUCUCGCAUGUUAAUUUCUCAUCGCAUCACAAUCUCUUGGCAGCACAUGCACAAUAUAUUGCUAGAGUCUCGAGUACAUCCCGAACCAUGACUGCUCCGAGGGUACCUGACGUCAAGCAGCGCGCCGACAAUUACCUCAUAUAGAGUCCCGCCAUCCGAUGGAGAUCAUCGGACCGGUCGAUGGUCAGGUGGAGUGCUCGCUAGGGUGAGAUCUACACGCUUGGAGGAUAGCGAGCUGGGCACUUCAAAUGAAAUACUCUCACUCUCUUUCCACACCCUCACCCCAACCUCAAGACAGCAAGAGUCGGCGUCGACGACAAACAUGCUGAGCGACGCGUAUUACAUUGGCAUUGACGUAGGCACAGGCUCGGCGCGCGCUGCCCUUGUCAAGCACGACGGGACGAUCGCUGCAUCGUCCACCCAGGACACCAAGACCUGGCGCGAUCCCAAGGACCACCGCAUCUUCGAGCAGUCCACGGCGGACAUCUGGAAUGCCAUCGGCAAGACCGUCAAGGCCGUCCUCGCGGAGGCCAAGGUAUCGCCGUCUGACGUAAAGGGACUCGGCUUCGAUGCUACGUGCUCCCUGGCUGUGUCAGACUUUGAAGGCAAUCCUAUUAGUGUUACCAAAGGCGACCAGGUUGGACAGGUCGGCGAGCGCAACAUAAUCCUGUGGGCGGACCACCGUGCAGAGGAGGAAGCCGACCUGAUCAAUAGUACCGGAAACGUUGUACUCGACUAUGUUGGCGGUGUAAUGAGCCUGGAAAUGGAGAUUCCCAAGACCUUAUGGCUGAAGCACAACAUGAAGCCAGAGCUCUUUGCUCGGUGCCAGUUCUUCGACCUGCCCGACUUCCUGACGUACCGCGCCACGGGCGACAACCUCAGAUCUACCUGCUCGGUCACAUGCAAGUGCUCAUAUGUGCCAAACUCUGGCUGGCAGCCCGAGUUCUUCCAGAAGAUUGACCUCGAGGAGUUCGUGCAGAAUGAAUACAAGCAGCUUGGCGGUGCGAACGGCCAUGUGGCGACGGCGGGUAUGCCGGUCGGCAAAGGUCUUUCUAAGCAAGCAGCAGAAGAGCUUGGUUUGCUCGAAGGCACCCCCGUGGGCAGUGCGGUCAUCGAUGCCUACGCAGGAUGGCUGGGAACUGUGGCAGCGCGAUACAAUGGGGGCAACAAGCUGUCCGAGAUGCCUGGCCUUGACGAGGCGAGACACCGCCUCGCAGCUUGUGCGGGCACUAGUACCUGUCACAUCGUCCAGAGCCCUCAGGGCGUUUUCGUCAAUGGCGUGUGGGGUCCUUACAAGGAUCCAGUCUUCCCUGGAUGGUGGAUGAACGAAGGAGGACAGUCCUCCACUGGUCAGCUGAUUGACUUCAUGAUCAAGACGCAUCCGGCAUACAACCAGCUGAAAGAGAUUGCGGAGGAGCGCAAGACUAACAUCCAUACCGUCUUGCACGAUGAGCUUGAAAAACUGCGCCAGGAGGCGCAGGUCGAGAGCUUCACUGAGCUCACAAAGGACAUGCAUAUGUACCCCGAUCUCCAUGGCAACCGAUCACCCAUUGCCGACCCCCGGAUGCGGGGUUCGAUCGUCGGGCUCGCCUUGGACGACUCCCUGAGUGACCUCGCCCGCAAGUUCAACAUCACUAUGGAAGCUAUCGCGCUGCAGACGCGACACAUUGUGGACGAAAUGAACGAUAAAGGCCACGCUAUCAACGCGAUCUACAUGUCUGGCGGACAGGCGAAGAAUACUGCGCUCAUGCAGCUCUUCGCCGACACGUGCAGCAUGCCCGUUGUCCUGCCACAGAAUAGCGGCGCCGCAGUCGUGCUCGGCGCGGCUAUGCUAGGGCGUUUCGCCGCUGAGCUCCAGCCCGGCAACAAAGACGAGAAGGCAGACUGCGAGGCGCGGUGGAAGAUUAUGGUUGACAUGACACCUCCAGGCGCGCUUGUCGCACCUGCUGCGAGCCCUAGAGAAAAGAAGUUCCUCGAGGCCAAGUACAAGAUAUUCCGCGAAAGCAUCGACAUCCAAAAGCGUUGGCGCGUGCAGAUGGAAGAAGCCGCUAAAUAGACAUCAAUGGACAGCUUAACCACGACUAUACUGUAUUAUCGCGAGAGAAUGUAAGACUUGAAUCUUCGGUAGACUUUACCUUGAGUGUUCCAAAGCCAUAGUUCAUGCAUCACCCCGUAAAUCAGAUAUGGUGUUAUGAGGCAUAUGCAACUCGCAUACAAGGCUUUUAUGAUGGGAAGUACGAGGGGCUCGAAAGCGGCAUGAAUAGGACAAGGAGAAACGGGGACAUGCUAGGGGGUCGCUCAUACCUCCUUGACCUUGACGGUACCACGAAGCAGACCAGUCUAAACAAGGGGGAGAACGU